AUGGCUUUCACAAUUUACUACAAACAUGGUCAGAUGCGCGCGCGCUUGUGUCCUACCGCACCGUUUGUUGUUCCGCAACAGCUAUCGCAAGUCAAACGAGACCAAUCGGCGCUAUUCAAGACUCUUCCGAAUGAGAUAUUGCUCGAGAUCACAUCCUAUAUAGAGGUUGAAGACAGACUCUGUCUUGGACUCACUUGCAAAUCCUUAUUCUAUCGUCUUUGUCAGUCUACCGACUUCCACAUUAUCUCAGCCAGUGGCCAUGCGUACUCUGACAUACCUUAUUGUUCACAUAUCAAGGACCUACUCAAGCGCAUGAGACCCCUGACUCCCAAAGGUCAACCCAAACGGACGAUGGAACUGUGCUGCGACUGUCUUCGAUAUAGACCUAAACGAGUGACAUACUGGAAGGAGAUGAUAAGCAAGAAGAAUCUACGAUCUCUGGAUCUGUGUGCCGCCAACGAUGCAGCAGAGUCUUGGUGCACGGGAGAAUCCAUACAGUGUCCAGGAUGUUGGUUCAAGGGUGAGUCAGAUUACAUUAUGGAUUGA